UUCAGUUGAAAAAAAAAAUACAACAGAGUUGACUAUUAUCUUGGCUCUUUGUUAAGCAAAAGGCUAUAUUAGCACAACCCAUUUGCCUUGCUACUCAUCCAACAGCAUUGUAAACAGUAACUAGCAACAUCUAAAAGGCAAUGAAGAAUUUGGGUUUUUUUCUGUUCUUGGUUCUCCUGGCAACAACUUCAUUGGAGAUCAAUGCUCAGACAUGCAAACCAAGUGGUGGUAUCCGGGGAAGAAAACCGCCUCCAGGAGAAUGCAACCGUGAGAACAACUCGGAUUGUUGUGUCCAAGGUAAGUUUUACACCACGUAUACAUGCUCGCCUCCAGUGACAGGCGAUACUAAAGCAACACUGACAAUAAACAGUUUCCAAAAGGGAGGUGAUGGUGGUGGUCCGUCGGAGUGUGACAACCAAUACCACUCUGAUGACACACCAGUUGUGGCGCUGUCAACUGGAUGGUACAAGGGAGGGGAUAGGUGCCACAAGUAUAUUACCAUCAAUGGAAAUGGGAGGAGUGUAAAGGCAAUGGUUGUGGAUGAGUGUGACUCUACUAUGGGGUGCGAUGAUGAUCAUGACUAUCAACCCCCUUGCCCUAAUAAUAUUGUUGAUGCUUCCAAAGCAGUGUGGAAGGCCUUAGGGGUAUCCGAGGAUAACUGGGGAGAUUUGGAUAUUACCUGGACAGAGUGAUGUUAAUCUAGCUCUCCUUUUAAAACAUCAAAUACUAUUUCUGUUUCUGUGUUUUGUGGAUAUUUUAAUCUGUAAAAUUAUUGAUGUAACUAUAUAUACUAAUGACUAGAGGUUCACACCAAACU